CCUUCCAAUAAAACGUCAUUCACCGCAUUGUGUGUAUGUUCACGUCGUACAGAUUUUUACCUAUAAUUUCGAAUUCGUUCACUCUUUUUUGAUUGCAAUUAAUAUUUAAAAAAAAUUGCUUUCAAAUCGUAUGUUUUGAUUUUGAUUGGAUAUAUUGGUUUGAAAACGAAUUAAUUCACCAUAAAUAAAAAUGCCACCAAAAAAAGCGGCCGCGGGAGCUAGUAAGAAAACUGAAGCUAAAAAGAAGGAGAAAAUUAUUGAGGAUAAAACAUUCGGUUUGAAGAAUAAGAAAGGGGCCAAAACUCAAAAAUUCAUUCAACAAGUAGAAAAACAAGUUAAAAGUGGUGGACAGCAUCCACUGAAUCAAAAUAGUAAAAAAGAUGAGAAGGAAAAGAAACUUCAAGAACAAAAGGAAUUAAAUGCAUUGUUUAGACCGGUUCAAGCGCAAAAAGUUGAUAAAGGAACGGAUCCAAAGUCAGUGGUGUGCGCCUUCUUUAAAGCCGGACAAUGUGGAAAGGGCGAUAAGUGUAAAUUUUCGCAUGAUUUGAGUGUCGAGCGAAAAGUUGAAAAGAGAAGCAUUUACGUUGACAUGCGAGAUGAUGACGAAAAUGACACUAUGGACAAUUGGACCGAUGAUAAACUCAAGGAAGUCGUCGAAAAGAAACAUGGAAAGGAAAAAAGAAUGCCGACCACUGAUAUUAUUUGCAAGUACUUUUUGGAUGCUGUAGAAAAAUCGAAAUACGGUUGGUUUUGGGAAUGUCCAAAUGGUGAGAAAUGUAUUUAUCGCCAUGCACUGCCAUCAGGUUACAUUUUGAAAAAAGACAAAAAGAAAAUGGAUGAACAAAAGAAACCGGAUCUCUCUCUGGUCGACUUAAUCGAAAGAGAACGUAACGCACUCGGAUCCAGUUUGACAAAAGUAACAUUGGAAUCAUUUUUGGCAUGGAAAAAACGGAAAAUUCAAGAAAAGAAACAGCAACUGGCUAAGGAAGAGGAACAAAGAAAAAAAGAUUACAAAUCUGGCAAACAAUUCGGUUUCUCUGGUCGUGAAAUGUUUAGUUUCAAUCCAGAAUUGGCCAACGACAAUGACUUCGAUGAUGAUGAUACCGCAGUAGCUAGCUACGAACGUGAAGAUGACGAUGAUGACGAGGUCUAUGAAUACAAGGAACUUGAUUUGGAUGCGCUGGCUGCUGAAGCUCAAGAGGUCGAUGGCACUGGUACGGUUGCUUGUUUAGAUCGUUUACAGAAACCAAUCGAAGAGAUAGAAGAAGGAGCAGCAGCCACGGACGUGGUGGAUGCAACACCAUUUAAUGAAAAUCUUUUCCUCGACGAAGAAGUAUUAGAUGGUUUAGAAGAUGAAUUAAAUGAAUUGGAUCUGAACGAUAAUUCGUAAUUUAAAUACUGCUCGAUUAAAUCAUUAUGAAAUUUUUUUUAUGUAAUCAACUCCAACAAUAAAAAUUUAAUAUUGUUUUAUCAAAUGUUAAACUUGAAA